AUGUCCACCAAAGCGGAGCAGUUUGCUUCCAAGAUCCGGUACUUACAGGAAUAUCAUAACCGGGUUCUCCACAACAUUUACCCUGUACCUUCAGGAACAGAUAUUGCAAACACCCUGAAAUACUUUUCUCAGACCUUGUUAAGCAUUUUGUCCCGCACAGGGAAGAAGGAAAGUCAAGAUGCCUCCAAUUUGACAGUGCCCAUGACCAUGUGUCUUUUUCCUGUGCCAUUCCCACUCACCCCAUCUCUAAGACCGCAGGUCAGUUCCAUCAACCCUACUGUUACUCGCUCCCUCCUUUACAGCGUCCUGCGAGAUGCUCCCUCUGAACGCAGCCUGCAAAGUCGUGAUGCUCACUUGUCAGACUACCCUUCCUUGGACUAUCAAGGCCUCUACGCGACUUUGGUGACUCUCCUGGAUCUAGUUCCUUUACUACAGCAUGGCCAACACGAUCUUGGACAGUCGAUAUUUUAUACAACCACAUGUUUGCUGCCCUUUCUCAAUGAUGAUAUUCUGAGUACUUUGCCCUACACGAUGAUAUCAACGUUAGCUACCUUCCCUCCAUUUCUGCACAAGGAUAUUAUUGAAUAUCUUAGCACAUCUUUCCUACCAAUGGCUAUAUUGGGUUCCUCAAGGAGAGAAGGAGUUCCUGCCCAUGUUAAUCUCUCUGCAUCAUCCAUGCUAAUGAUUGCAAUGCAGUACACAUCCAACCCAGUGUAUCAUUGUCAAUUAUUGGAAUGCCUCAUGAAAUAUAAACAUGAAGUCUGGAAAGAUCUUUUGUACGUGAUCGCCUAUGGCCCUUCACAAGUGAAACCGCCAGCUGUGCAAAUGCUGUUCCAUUACUGGCCCAAUCUAAAACCUCCUGGGGCAAUAAGCGAAUACAGGGGCUUGCAGUACACAGCUUGGAAUCCCAUCCACUGUCAGCACAUUGAAUGCCACAAUGCAAUUAAUAAACCAGCAGUGAAGAUGUGCAUAGACCCUUCCCUGUCAGUAGCUUUGGGUGACAAACCACCCCCGUUGUAUCUCUGUGAAGAAUGCAGCCAGAGGAUAGCGGGGGACCACAGUGAAUGGUUGAUUGAUGUUCUUCUGCCUCAAGCUGAAAUAUCUGCCAUAUGUCAGAAGAAGAACUGCAGUUCCCAUGUCAGAAGAGCUGUGGUCACCUGCUUUUCAGCAGGGUGCUGCGAUCGUCACGGAAACAGGCCCGUUCGCUACUGCAAACGAUGCCACUCGAAUCACCACAGCAACGAAGUGGGGGCUGCCUCCGAGACCCACCUCUACCAGACCUCCCCCCCUCCCAUCAACACGCGGGAGUGCGGUGCCGAGGAGCUGGUCUGCGCCGUGGAGGCCGUGAUUAGCUUAUUAAAAGAAGCCGAAUUCCACGCUGAGCAGCGGGAACACGAGCUGAAUCGCAGGCGGCAGCUGGGACUUUCCUCUUCCCAUCAUUCCCUGGAGAACACCGACUUUGACAACAAGGAUGACGAUAAGCAUGACCAGCGGCUCCUCAGUCAAUUUGGAAUCUGGUUCUUGGUGAGCCUCUGCACGCCCAGUGAGAACACACCCACGGAAAGCUUGGCCAGGCUGGUGGCCAUGGUGUUCCAGUGGUUUCACUCCACAGCCUACAUGAUGGAUGAUGAAGUUGGAAGUUUGGUGGAGAAACUGAAGCCUCAGUUUGUCACCAAGUGGCUGAAAACAGUAUGUGAUGUUCGCUUUGAUGUCAUGGUCAUGUGCCUUCUUCCCAAACCCAUGGAAUUUGCCAGGGUUGGUGGAUACUGGGAUAAGUCUUGCAGCACAGUGACUCAGCUGAAGGAGGGUCUCAACCGAAUCCUCUGCCUGAUCCCCUACAAUGUGAUCAAUCAGUCUGUGUGGGAGUGUAUUAUGCCGGAAUGGCUGGAAGCCAUCAGAACAGAAGUCCCAGAUAACCAGUUAAAAGAAUUCAGGGAAGUAUUAAGCAAAAUGUUUGACAUUGAGCUCUGUCCUCUACCCUUUUCAAUGGAAGAGAUGUUUGGCUUCAUUAGUUGUCGGUUCACAGGAUACCCUUCUUCUGUGCAAGAGCAAGCGUUACUGUGGCUGCAUGUAUUAUCGGAGUUAGACAUCACAGUCCCACUUCAACUAUUAAUAAGUAUGUUUUCUGAUGGAGUUAAUUCUGUCAAAGAACUGGCAAAUCAAAGAAAAUCAAGAGUCAAUGAAUUGGCAGGGAACAUGGCAGCUCGAAGGGUGAGUGUUGCCUCUGAUCCUGGUCGACGAGUUCAACACAACAUGCUGAGUCCAUUUCAUAGUCCUUUCCAGAGUCCUUUUCGGAGUCCGAUGCGUAGCCCUUUCAAGAAUUUUGGACACCCAGGAGGAAGGACUAUUGACUUUGAUUGUGAAGAUGAUGAAAUGAAUCUAAAUUGUUUCAUCCUCAUGUUUGAUCUUCUCCUGAAGCAGAUGGAGUUACAAGAUGAUGGGAUCACGAUGGGUUUGGAGCACAGCAUAUCGAAAGACAUAAUUUCCAUUAUAAACAACGUCUUCCAAGCCCCCUGGGGGGGCUCCCACACCUGCCAGAAGGACGAAAAAGCAACCGAGUGUAACUUGUGUCAGGCUAGCAUUCUCUGCUAUCAGCUGGCCUGUGAGCUCCUGGGGAGACUGGCUCCGAAAGAAGAAAGCCGGCUGGUGGAGCCCACAGACAGCCUUGAGGAUAGCCUCCUUUCUUCCAGACCUGAGUUCACGAUAGGCCCUGGAGGUGAGGAGGAGGAGAAUCCAGCCAGCAAGCGUGGGGAGAACCCAGGGAAUCACGCCGAGCCCACGGAACAUGCUGCAGUAAAGAACGAUACUGAAAGGAAGUUUAGCUACCAACAGCUUCCAGUAACUUUGAGACUAAUAUACACCAUUUUCCAGGAAAUGGCUAAAUUUGAAGAGCCAGACAUUCUUUUUAAUAUGCUCAAUUGCCUGAAGAUUCUCUGUCUACACGGAGAGUGUUUAUACAUUGCUAGAAAAGAUCAUCCUCAAUUUUUAGCCUACAUUCAGGAUCAUAUGUUAAUUGCAAGCCUGUGGAGAGUCAUCAAAUCCGACUUCUCCCAGUUGUCUUCGCUGGCGGUCCCUCUCCUGCUCCAUGCGUUGUCACUUCCCCAUGGUGCUGACAUCUUCUGGACAAUCAUAAACGGCAACUUCAACAGCAAAGACUGGAAGAUGAGGUUUGAAGCAGUGGAAAAGGUGGCUGUCAUUUGUAGAUUUCUGGAUAUUCACUCCGUGACCAAAAACCACCUGCUGAAGUACUCGCUGGCACAUGCUUUCUGCUGCUUCCUGGCGGCCGUGGAGGACGUCAACCCAGCAGUGGCUACCAGGGCCGGGCUCCUGCUGGACACCAUAAAGAGGCCGGCACUGCAGGGCCUGUGUCUUUGUCUUGACUUCCAGUUUGACACUGUGGUUAAAGAUCGACCCACAAUAUUGAGCAAGCUUUUGCUCUUGCAUUUUCUCAAGCAAGAUAUUCCUGCUCUGAGCUGGGAGUUCUUUGUCAACAGAUUUGAGACACUUUCUUUGGAGGCUCAGCUGCAUUUGGAUUGUAACAAAGAAUUUCCUUUUCCUACAACUAUCACUGCUGUAAGGACCAACGUCACCAACCUCAGCGACACCGCACUGUGGAAGAUCAAGAGGGCUCGCUUUGCGAGGAACCGCCAGAAGAGUGUGCGUUCCCUGAGGGACAGCGUGAAAGGGCCCGUGGAGUCCAAGAGGGCGCUCUCCCUCCCCGAGACCCUGACCUCCAAAAUCCGACAACAGUCCCCUGAGAAUGACAACACCAUCAAGGACCUGCUCCCAGAAGACGCUGGGAUCGACCACCAGACAGUCCACCAGCUGAUUACCGUGCUCAUGAAGUUCAUGGCCAAGGACGAGAGCAGCGCAGAGUCAGACAUCAGCAGCGCGAAGGCCUUCAACACGGUCAAGCGGCACCUGUACGUCCUGCUCGGCUAUGACCAGCAGGAAGGCUGCUUUAUGAUUGCACCUCAAAAAAUGCGCCUGUCGACAUGCUUUAAUGCGUUUAUUGCAGGAAUUGCCCAAGUUAUGGACUAUAACAUUAAUUUGGGAAAACACCUUCUCCCCUUGGUGGUUCAGGUGCUCAAAUACUGCUCUUGUCCUCAACUCCGGCAUUAUUUCCAACAGCCACCGCGUUGUUCCCUCUGGUCCCUAAAACCUCACAUCCGGCAGAUGUGGUUGAAGGCCUUGCUUGUCAUCCUGUACAAGUAUCCAUACCGGGAAUGUGACAUCAGCAAGGUCCUGCUGCACCUGAUUCACAUAACAGUCAAUACGCUCAAUGCACAGUAUCAUAGCUGCAAGCCCCAUGCCACGGCAGGACCGCUGUACAGUGACAACAGCACUAUCAGCAGAUACAGCGAGAAAGAAAAAGGUGAAAUAGAGCUGGCUGACUAUAGAGAAACGGGUGCGUUGCAAGACAGCAUUCUCCACUGUGUGAGAGAAGAAAGCAUUCAGAAAAAAAAGCUGCGCUCUUUAAAACAAAAAUCUCUUGAUAUAGGGAACGCAGACUCCCUGUUGUUUACAUUAGAUGAGCACCGUAGGAAGUCCUGCAUAGACCGCUGUGACGUAGAUAAGCCCCCCGCCCAGGCUGCCUACGUCACGCAGAGACAGCAUGACCACGCACGGCCUAGACAGAACUCUGCGGCCAGACCGAGCAAUGCCGAGGUCCCCGAGCUCCCCGCCGCGGAAGGCCUGCAGGAGAGGCGGAGGCCCGUGAUCCCGGAGGUCAGGUUGAACUGCAUGGAGACCUUUGAGGUCAAAGUCGACUCUCCAAUAAAGCCUGCUCCCAAAGAGGACCUCGAUCUCAUCGAUCUGUCCUCAGACUCAGCCUCGGGGCCCGAGAAGCAGUCUAUGCUCUCCACAUCGGACAGCGACUCCCUCGUGUUUGAGCCUCUCCCCCCUCUGCGGAUAGUGGAGAGCGACGAAGAGGAGGCCGCGGGCCAGGGAAACGACGGUGCCGCUGGCAAGAAGGCUGCCUCCCCGCCUUCCAUCCCCAGCCGCCCCUCCGGCCUCAGCCCGAGCACAACUCCUCUUGUGCAAGUGAGCGUGGAGGACUGUUCCAGAGACUUCUCCUCGAAGGACUCGGGGUCCCACCAGCCGGCAGGGGACAAGGACUUCCGAUUCGUAGCUCUGGAAGACCCCGCGGACUCUGAAGCCUUAGCCAAGCUGGGGGAGCUGCAGGAGUUCCCCGGGGGCAGCCCGCUCACGCUGAAACAGAAGCGAGACCUCCUGCAGAAGUCACCUGCUCUCCCCGAGAUGUCCCUGGACGACACCCUGGAGCCUGGCAUCGGAGAAGAGACGCUGGGCGGGCUGAUGCCAAGUUCAGGGGCAAAAACUGUCCUCCUCAAAGUUCCCGAAGAUGCCGAGAGCCCAAUGGAAAGUGAGAAGCCCGACACCAGUGCUGAAUCCGACACGGAACAGAAUCCCGAGAGGAAGGCCGAAGAGGAGGGGGCUGAGGAGUCCGAAUUUAAGAUCCAGAUCGUUCCCAGGCAGAGGAAACAGAGGAAGAUCGCGGUCAGUGCCAUCCAGAGAGAGUACCUGGACAUCUCCUUCAACAUUCUGGACAAACUGGGAGAACAGAAGGAUCCAGAUCCCUCUACUAAAGGACUUUCUACUUUGGAAAUGCCACGCGAAUCCUCAUCCGCCCCUACCUUAGAAGCAGGUGUGCCGGAAACAAGCAGCCAUUCCUCGAUAUCAAAACAGGUACAGCCGGGGAAGCGCCAGUGCAACGUGCCAGUGUGCCUAAACCCUGACCUGGAGGGACAGGCUCUGAGGAUGAGAGGGGCCACGAAGUCCAGCCUGCUGUCCGCGCCCAGCAUCGUCAGCAUGUUCGUGCCAGCACCCGAGGAGUUCACAGACGAGCAGCCGACGGUGAUGACUGACAAAUGCCACGACUGCGGGGCCAUCCUGGAGGAGUACGAUGAGGAGACGCUCGGGCUGGCCAUCGUGGUCCUCUCCACGUUCAUCCACCUGAGCCCGGACCUGGCGGCCCCGCUGCUGCUGGACAUCAUGCAGUCCGUGGGCAGAUUGGCAUCCAGCACUACUUUUUCUAAUCAAGCAGAAAGCAUGAUGGUUCCGGGCAAUGCAGCAGGUGUGGCCAAGCAGUUCCUGCGCUGCAUCUUCCACCAGCUGGCCCCCAACGGCAUCUUCCCUCAGCUGUUCCAGAGCACCAUCAAAGAUGGCACUUUUUUACGGACCUUGGCCACAUCUCUGAUGGACUUCAAUGAGCUGAGCUCUAUUGCUGCUCUCAGUCAGCUCCUGGAGGGUCUAAAUAACAAAAAGAAUUUACCAGCAGGGGGUGCUAUGAUACACUGUUUGGAAAACAUUGCUACCUUCAUGGAAGCUUUGCCCAUGGAUUCUCCUAGUAGCCUCUGGACCACAAUCAGCAACCAGUUUCAGACAUUUUUUGUCAAGCUGCCUGGUGUUUUGCCUCUGAAGUGUUCUUUAGAUUCCAGUUUGAGAAUUAUGAUUUGCCUUUUGAAGAUCCCCUCUACCAAUGCCACAAGGAGUUUGCUGGAACCGUUUUCAAAACUGCUCAGCUUUGUAAUUCAGAAUGCUGUCUUCACGCUGGCCUACCUGGUGGAGGUGUGUGGCUUAUGUUACCGAGCUUUCACUAAGGAGCGGGAUAAACUGUACUUGUCUCGUAGUGUUGUUCUGGAACUCCUGCAGGCCCUGAAGCUGAAAUCUCCUCUGCCAGAUACAAACCUCCUUCUGCUUGUCCAGUUUAUUUGUGCAGAUGCUGGAACCAAACUAGCUGAGUCGACGAUCCUGAGCAAGCAGAUGAUCGCCUCUGUACCUGGAUGUGGCACGGCGGCCAUGGAGUGCGUGCGGCAGUCCAUCAGCGAGGUGCUGGACUUCAUGGCAGACAUGCACACGCUCACCAAGCUGAAGAACCACAUGAAGGCAUGCUCCCAGCCUCUGCAUGAAGAUACCUUCGGCGGACAUCUCAAAGUGGGGCUGGCUCAGAUCGCGGCCAUGGAAAUCUCCCGGGGCAACCACAGAGACAACAAAGCUGUGAUUCGCUAUCUGCCAUGGCUCUAUCAUCCCCCUUCCGCAAUGCAACAAGGUCCGAAAGAAUUCAUCGAGUGUGUCUCCCACAUCCGGCUGCUGUCCUGGCUGCUGCUGGGGUCCCUCACGCACAACGCCGUGUGUCCGAGCGCCUCCUCCCCCUGCCUGCCCAUUCCUCUGGAUGCAGGUUCCCACAUCGCCGACCACCUCAUCGUCAUCCUGAUCGGAUUUCCAGAGCAAUCAAAGACCUCCGUGCUGCACAUGUGUUCCCUCUUCCACGCGUUCAUCUUUGCUCAGCUCUGGACCGUGUACUGCGAACAAAGUGCUGUGGCUACAAAUGUCCAAAAUCAGAAUGAGUUCAGUUUCACUGCGAUCCUGACAGCGCUGGAGUUCUGGAGCAGGGUAACACCCAGCAUCCUCCAGCUGAUGGCCCACAACAAAGUGAUGGUAGAAAUGGUAUGUCUCCACGUGAUCAGUUUAAUGGAGGCAUUGCAAGAAUGCAAUUCAACCAUUUUUGUCAAGCUGAUACCUAUGUGGCUGCCAAUGAUCCAGUCAAACAUCAAGCACCUCUCCGGGGGCCUCCAGCUGCGCCUCCAGGCCAUCCAGAACAACGUCAACCACCACAGCCUGAGGACGCUGCCCGGCGGCGCGGCCCCGAGCGGCACCGGCCUGGCCGCCCUCCGCAAGUGGCUGCAGUGCACCCGCUUCAAGAUGGCCCAGGUGGAGAUCCAGUCCUCCGAGGCGGCCUCCCAGUUCUACCCGCUCUGA